CAGUCUGACAGCUUGCCUACACAGCACAGCACAGCCACUCAGCAUACAGAACACAGAACACAAGGAGCAGCAGAGAGAACGAGCAAGCACCACGACCAGCAAAAACAACAGCAGAGCUAACACACAGAGAAGCAGCUCCUCUCAGGAACACACUUUCAAGAUGUACCCUCUCCUGCGUCUACUGGUUCACCUCAAUGUGGUCUUCUCCUUGUCCAGCCCUGUUACUACAGUUGUUCCAACUGUUCCUCCAAACCCAUGUGAAAAUAAGCCCUGUUUGAAUAAUGGCACCUGCUUCUUCACAGCUGGAAGUUUGCAAGAAAACCUGGCUUACCAUUGCACCUGUAGCCCGGGAUUCACAGGCAUGAACUGUGAGUUUUUUAUAGACCCAUGCACAAGCAAACCCUGUCUCCAUGGAAACUGCAGCAGCAGUGGCAGCAAUGAAGGAUACAUCUGUGUCUGUGAGGAGGGCUAUCGAGGUGAACACUGUGAUCAGCCACUGCAAAGCAUCCCUGUCUCCGGUUGGACAGAGUCUCUGCUGCCAGGAUUUGUCAGCCCAACAUCAGGAGAAUCUCCAGAACCAGAUACCCUUUCACCCCCCGUGCAAGUGGCUGCAACUCUGUCACCAUGGCAACCAAAGCCAGGUCAAAAAUAUGUUGAGCUCAGCUGGGUUGGUAAAAAGCCCUUGGAUUUCACCUGUGGAAAUGCAAGUUCUAAUGGAUCUGCUGGAGGUCGCAGUUCGUCCCUUGAAGUGCCAGAAGAGACGUCUGUAAAGAUUAAGGUCAACGUGACUGGUUCUCCUACCCUGUGGAAAGUCACUGAAGCUGGAUUUAAACAAUGCUCUCUUACCGAGGGGAGAAGUGUUCCUCUCCUCCAGGGCUUAGAUGGACUGGUUCUCUCAGAGGAGGAGUUACCCGUCGGAAACAAUUACUUUAUUGUGUUUGUGAAUGAUUCGUCUAAACCAGUUUGGACUCUGCGUCUGAAUGUCAGUGUUAAGGUCAGCAAUUGUGUGGAGCCUGGGAGUAAUUUUAAUGACCCUGAAUGCUCUGGGAAAGGAAUAUGCACCACAGAAUCUGAGAAAACGACCUUCUACUGUGAGUGCAGCCGAGGAUUCACUGGAAUCUUCUGUGAAGAAUUUGACGCCUGCACUGAGAACCCCUGUGAGAACAAUGGAACCUGCACAGACGUGAGACAAGGCGGUGAUGGGAAAAACGUCAUCUGUGCCUGCCAAGCUGGCUACACAGGGGAGCAAUGUGAGUCUGUAGACCAGUGCUUGCCACAACCCUGUAGAAAUGGAGGCACCUGCAUCAACGGUCUCCCUGGAUACAGCUGCCUCUGCCCAGAAGGAUAUCGGGGCUCAAUGUGUGAGGAGAAGAUAGAUCCCUGUGCUUCGUCUCCCUGCCAGAACAAUGGGAGCUGUUACUCUAAUGGGCUGGCGUACAGCUGCAGCUGCAGCCCUUGGUACACAGGGCCUACCUGCGCUCAGCUCAUUGACUUCUGUGCUCUGAACCCCUGCGCCCAUGGAAUCUGCCGCAGUGUUGGAACCAGUUACAAAUGCCUGUGUAUUCCAGGUUACCAUGGUUUGUACUGUGAAGAGGAGUAUAAUGAGUGUCUCUCAACCCCUUGUCAGAAUUCCGGAACAUGCAAAGAUCUCGUCAAUGAUUAUGAGUGUCUAUGUACUGCUGAGUAUGAAGGUAAACAUUGUGAACUGUACAAGGACCCUUGCAUUCAUGUAAACUGUCAGAACGGUGGCACCUGUGACAGCGAGGGCCUUAAUGCGACCUGCCUUUGCCCACCUGGAUUCCUUGGUGAGGACUGUGAGGUUGAUGUAAAUGAAUGCGAGAGCAAUCCUUGUCAUCACAGUGGAACAUGUAUCGACCAGUCCAAUGGCUACACAUGCCACUGCCCCCAAGGAUGGGUUGGGGCCAAUUGUGAAAUACAUCUUCAAUGGAAGUCGGCACGGACAGCAGACACCCUGACCAACAUGCCCCGUCACUCCCUGUACAUCAUCAUCGGAGCUCUCUGUGUGGCGUUCGUCCUCAUGUUGAUUAUCCUGAUUGUGGGGAUCUGCCGCAUCAGCCGUAUUGAGUACCAGGGCUCAACCAGACCAGCUUACGAGGAAUUCUACAACUGCAGGAGCAUUGACAGCGAGUUCAGCAGCGCCAUCGCUUCCAUUCGACAUGCAAGAUUUGGAAAGAAGUCCAGACCAGCGAUGUACGAUGCCACUCCAAUCACUUAUGAAGAUUACAGCCCAGAUGACAAGCCACUGGUCACUUUAAUCAAAACAAAGGAUUUGUAAAAGCACUUAGUUUGAUAAGAUUUAUGAAAACUAAAACAGCAAAACAGCAGCACUGUAAACUAAUAUGUUUUAGAUAAAAGCUAGUCAGUUAACGUUGUUGAAAUGUCCUCAAAUGACAUUUUAAGUAAUUCUUGAAUUAAAUAAAUACAUAAAAUAUAAAGAAUUUGAUAAAUAUAUUUUAAAUGUGGAUUUGUGAUGCUAUUAUAUUAAUGAUACUAUAGUAAGCAUAUACUGACUGGUAUGUGCGUUUAUUUAAUAAAUGGUCAACAAAUUUACUUGCUAUGUAUACUGUACCUAAUAACCACGAUUGGUUAGUAGUAUCAGAUUAGUUUAAAACAAGGUACUGUGAGGUUUGUAGAUUAAGCAAAAUGUAGAAACAGCCUAGAAAUCCUAACUUAGAACUGAUGAGAGAUAAUGAAAACAUGUUGUAGUAAUAUCAAAAAUAAUAUUAAUAGAUGCAUUUGUUAUACAGUGCAUUAAAUAAAAUGCUGUAGGUUUUGCCUUACUUGGUGCAUGGAUAGAUUUUAUGGGUUCUGCAUUAUUUUCUAAGACUUGCAUCAUAUUUGUUUUAAUGAGUUUUGGCCUUGGGUGACAACAUUAUUAAUGAAAAAUCAGUUGGCAAACUGGACUAUGAAGAAGAAUUGAUAAGGCUUUAAUUUGUAAUCACGUUUGUUCAAUGUGUGAGUUAAUGUAGCUUGCUUACUUGUAGCAGGUGUGGUUUUCUGUAGCUGUGUAGGAUUGUGCUGUUCUUGUGGUCUGGUCUUGUUUGUUCAAAAGCUACCUGAAUGCAGCGUGCUGACAAAUGUUAACAUUGUUUCUAUUUUUUAAACCAUGUGUUUAAACUGUAUGUUGAAUGAUGUAAUAAAGGUCAAAAUGAACACUAGAA